AAAGCCCAACUUUAUUCAUUUGCCUUCUUCAAAAUAUGGAAGCAACCUAAAUGACCCAAGUUUCGUGGCUGAACAUACGAGGUAACCAGGCCAGUGGAAACCACUUCUCUCUCUCUCUGCCUUUUGUUCUUGCUUUCCUGUUUGAUUUUCUUCGGCUGCCGAACCGUCUUGACUCUUCCCCUCAAGCUACAAGCCAUUUUCCUUAUUUGUUUAAAGAUUUAAGUGGUUUGAUAUAAAAUCAGGACUUCUGAGUUAAUUAGCAUUGCCAAUCCGAUGAAGCAUGUUUUAAAGCUUUUCUCUCUGUUGGUGGUCAUCUCUGCACUUUGGAUUGGCCUUUUGCAGGCAUCCAUAAUACCACGAAGCCAUACUUGGUUGCUGCCAAUUUAUUUUAUUGUGUCACUUGGAUGCUAUGGCUUAUUAAUGGUUGGAGUUGGACUAAUGCGAUUCCCUACUUGCCCUCGAGAAGCAUUGCUGCUGCAGAAGGACAUUGCUGAAGCCAAGGAUUUUCUGAAACAAAAGGGGGUUGAUGUUGGUUCCGAUUGAUGGUUGCUCCAUAACAUCUCUUCGUGGAACCAAGUGAGAACAAAUUUCUGCAAGCUUUACCAAUGGACCUGUCUUGGACCAGAGAGAAAAAGGUACAGAUUGGGAACUAACUUCCAAGUCCGGAAAACUUUCAUAGAAGAAUCAUAUUGCCUUUGUGUCUAACAUUGAGGAGUACUUUUGGUAAAAGAAUUGAGUUACCAUUUUUUUCAGCUCUCAUAGAUUGUCUACAUACGACAUUUUUUUAUCAUACUUCUUGAUUAAAAUUUUCCCUCACUAUAA